CUCCUGCUGCUCUAAAAUAGAAAACAGCCAGCACCGCCCUCUUGCAGCUCCACGUCAGGAAGCGGCUUCAUUUACUACUCAGGAAAUUUAAACACACACACACACAGAGAGAGAGAGAGAGAGAGAGAGAGAGAGAGAGAGCUCGUCCAUAGCAGCAGACACGCAUCUUUCUGCUGCUCCAAGGUCAACACUGAGCUCCCAGCAGGCUGCAGACCUCCACAUCUUCAUCAGCCUCACAAACAGUGACUAGUCAGCGUCGAGGUUGGGCCAGCGAUGCCGCCCCCAGCCACGAGUACCCCCGCCGUGCCCCCACCAGACGGCGGUUGGGGGUGGGCUGUGGUGUUGGCAUCUUUCAUCUCCAUCGGCUUCUCGUACGCCUUCCCCAAGGCCAUCACGGUGUACUUCAAAGACAUCCAGAUCAUCUUCGAUGCCUCCUACAGUCAGAUCGCGUGGAUCUCCUCCAUCAUGCUCGCGGUCAUGUACGCUGCUGGUCCCAUCAGCAGCGUCCUGGUCAACACGUACGGCUGCAGGCCCAUCGUCAUGAUGGGGGGCUGCCUCUGUUCCACCGGCAUGAUCUUAGCUUCCUUCUGCACCAGCGUGGUGCAGCUUUACCUCUGCAUAGGAGUUAUCGGUGGUCUUGGACUAGCCUUCAACCUGCAGCCAGCGCUGACUAUGAUCGGUAAAUACUUCUCAAAGAAGCGUCCCAUUGCUAACGGGCUGGCGAUGGCGGGCAGUCCGGUGUUCCUCAGCACCCUGGCUCCCCUCAACCAGUGGCUCUUCAACCACUUCGGCUGGAGGGGCAGCUUCCUCAUCCUGGGCGGCCUGGUGCUGAACUGCUGCGUGGCCGGUUCCCUCAUGAGGCCUCUGGCACCGCCGCCCAGCAAGCUCAAGAAGGACGAAGAGUUGGCCAUCGUCGCCACGACGACGACGAAAGAGAAACGCAGCGCCUGGCAAAUAGUCAACAAGUACCUGGACUUGACGCUCUUCAAGCACAGGGGCUUCCUCAUUUACCUGUCGGGCAACGUCAUCAUGUUCCUGGGCUUCUUCGCGCCCAUCGUCUUCCUCGCGGCCUUCGCCAAGGACAUGGGCGUGGACGAGUACUCGGCCGCCUUCCUGCUCUCAAUUCUGGCUUUCGUCGACAUGUUCGCCAGGCCCACCAUGGGGCUGCUGGCCAACUCGCGCUGGGUCCGGCCCAGGAUCCAGUACUUCUUCAGCUUUGCCGUGCUGUACAACGGGGUGUGCCACAUCCUCUGCCCGCUGGUGGAAGACUACACCGGUUUGGUGGUGUACGCCAUGUUCUUCGGCUUCGCCUUUGGCAUGGUCAGCUCGGUGCUGUUUGAAACCCUGAUGGACCUGGUCGGGCCUCAGCGGUUCUCCAGUGCCGUGGGACUCACCACCAUCGUGGAGUGCUGCCCGGUCCUCCUUGGUCCACCUCUAGCAGGGAAACUGGUCGACAUCACAAAAAACUACAAGUACAUGUAUUUUUGCUGCGGAGCUGUCGUGAUUCUGGCCAGCAUUUGGCUCUUCAUCGGAAACUUCAUCAACUACAGACUCCUGGAUCGCGAGCGCAAGAGCGCAGAGAUGUACAAACGGACUGAGACGGAAGAUCCGGAUAAGAAGGAGGCCGACGGGGAAGCCCAGGCGUCGCAGGAGCUGAUGGAAAAAAACGAAAAGGGCGACGAACCCAUGCAGCGGGAAACCAACAUCUAGAUCCUUCUGCUCUUGCCAACAGCCCACCCUCACCCUUCGCGACAACCUCGCAAAAACGCCCUCCACUACGAUCAAACUGAGCCCCAAAGCCAAGAGGUGCCUCUCGGUGUUCCACCAGGCUCUAUUCGGGGUCCUCUGCACUUCUCUAAAACUACCUGCCAAAGCAACAACUGCGUUGUAGGAGGCUGUGGGGCGUAUUAUCUGUUUGUCAAAGAGCAUCAGCUGUGACUGUAACAGAAAUAUUAACCACAGGGGAAAAGUGUAAGAUAACUGUAUGCAUGUGAGGAGACUAAAAGUCAGAAAAUGGAAUGGAAAACAGUGUAGUACUAACUGUAUUUUCUUUUUUUUUGCCACGUUCACCUCAUAUCGGAUUUACUGUAAAUACAUGACUGCAACUCGGGGGAGAAAGUACAAUCAGACACAAAUACAAUCAGGAUGUGGGAUUAUAGUUUCUGUAAGAACUCCAAAAUAGUGUGCGAGCUAACAUGAGCAGCAAAUCCACAGAUGUCGGCAGAUAAUCGGGAAAAUUAGUCAGACAAUCAACUUGAGAAAAGUAUUAGCAGCUACAGUUUAACGUAUUUCGGUUGAUCUCCAUUUGUCCCAACGAGUCCAAACAUUCCAAGCCGCAGCAGCAAGCGUCAUUCCGUUCUUCCUACAGUGUUUUUUCCGAUAUGACGUGAAUGCAGUGCCAGCGGGUCGCCACCGUUCCAACAGCACCAGCAAACUGAAUUCAUGUUCCCAAAUAAAAAAUCUGUCUCUUCCUUCACAACACACUAAAAGUCUUAAAACGUAAACAAGGUUAAAUUAACAAGAGGAAGCCGGUUAGAAGGACCUUCCUGUUAGCGAUUUGAUGCUAACAACAGCCAGUGUCCGUUCUGGGUGAAGCUUUGAUCUAACACUGAUCCCUAACUGUGCGUUCACACCACGAGUAACAUUUUUGACAAACUGUGGACAGUUCGAGGCUCUGAAUGUACCAACUGUACGGUCAGAUCAGACGUGCUACAAUCACAGGUGCUAAUUUGUUAGCAUAGAAAACCAAGAAUCAGUCUUUAAAGCUGGGGACACACCGACCCGACAUGAGAGAACUAGCUACGACGAAGGCCGCCUGUUGAGUCGCCUCACGUCGCCUUUGUCUUGCAAAGUUGCACUCAAACACAACGUAAAGACGACAGCCAACGGCCACACACUACGUACUUGGUAAAUAACUCUCCCUACGAGCAGGCGGCGGUAGUCUGUAUUCGUCAUUCAAAAAGGGAAACCAGAAGACCGAGGACGGCGGCUAUACAAGCCGUUGUUAGGAUACGUACAUGAAACAAAAGCAGCGUUUGCCGACCAUUUUCACAACACUCACUCGCCACUUAGCUUCAUCCCAGAUGGCCAUGUCUCUGUGAAAAUAUAAAAAAUAUCAGUGAUUUCUCUCACUGACGAGCUGCUGCAUCGGCCGGAAAAACUCCCGCGGGCAGACUAGAGGCGACGGUGCAGAACACCGAAACAUGUCCAACGGAUGCUCACCGACGACCCCAAACUGCCCGACGACCGACCGUCGUCUUGGUCUGUCGGGGCCUUAAGAUGUCUCUUCCAGUAGUCUUUCACAUCAAAGUUGUGGAGGACUGUUUUGAAAGGCUGGAAUCAAGGCUGCUAUUUUAGGCUAAUUGGUGAAAUCCUAUCAAUAGGGAACAAAAGAGGAGCUGACUGGAUGGUGGCAGCUGUCGAGCCUGGCUGAUUUUUCCUUGGUCGGUCAGCUCCGCAGGAAGGAAAAAACCCUCCCGAUAACUUGUUGCUCGCAGUGUGAACGCAGCGUUAGCUAAUCCAAGCGCACUCAGAGAUCCAUCUGGUGAUAUGUGUCAAAGCAAGAUCUCUGUUUUAAAAUGGCAUUUUGGGUGCCAUAAAAUUCCCACUUCCAUAAAUAAAGAACAGAUGUGUUCACAGCUGGUGACGCUGGUGCCCCGCGUAUUAUGCUGCCCGCCUGAGCACCGUAACACCGUGUAGUAAAAUCCUGCACAAAAUGUCCCACUUUUUUUUCGAUCAAGUUAUAAAAGGCUUCCUGUAAGUCGUCACUCGGAUACAGAGAAACGACAGGCCAUACUUCACCCCCACCCUCCAAACAUCUUUAUAAAACUGCUGCAAUUAAAUGAGUUUAAUUACGGUUGAAUGUAAUUUCCUCUGUGGGCCUUAACAAGGUAUUAAUGACCAAAAACCAUCUGCAUAAUGGUGGUUUUUCCUACACACACAGAGCUCAUGAGCAAUAUCAUUUCUCAUCUUUUACUGCAGGUAUACAGGGAAAUGUAUUUAUGGUGGUCAGCGCGACACUCCAAGUCUAUGAUACAUUGCCUUAAAUGUAAUGUAAAGAAUGCAGGGGAGUGAAUACUUGGUAGUAUUAUACGAAGCUGUUAAAUGUGACCCACGUUUUUUUUUUUAACUUUAAAACUCCAGUUUGUCUCCUAACACGUCUGUAUUAAUGUUAAAGCUAUGAGAUUACGUGAUGUCCUGUAACUAAUUCACUAACAAACGUUCACAACGAGUAUUGUUAAAACAUUUGAAGGAACACUACUGACGCUACUAACUGCUGAUGAAGUAAACCAGUAUUUUCAAUUUUUCGUAUUGUGCGCCAAAAAACAAACGUGCUGGAUGAACAUAUCACGUAACUGUUGCUAUGAAUGUCAAUAUUGUUCAGUGUUCUAUCCAUUCCACGUGUUUUUUGUAAAAUGUCAUCCUGCUGUGCUGUUGAUCAGUUCUCAC